GGGUGGCCGUGGGGCGACAGCGAUGCCGAGCUCGUGGGUGCUGGUGCUGGCGGUGCUGGGGGGGGCCUGCGCCCUCCCCGCCCCGGCGCCCCUCUCCUACACCGAGGCACUGGCGCAGGCCGUGGAUUCCUACAACCAGCAGCCCGAGGUGCAGAACGCCUUCAGGCUGCUCAGCGCGGAGCCCGAGCCCGGCCCGGGCGUGGAGCUGAGCUCGCUGCAGAAACUCAACUUCAGCAUGAUGGAGACGGAGUGCGCCGCCAGCGCCCGCGCCAGCCCCGACGACUGCGACUUCAAGGAGAACGGGGUCAUCAAGGAGUGCUCGGGGCCGGUGCAGUUCCGGCAGGACUUGCCCGAGAUCGACCUGAGCUGCUCCGACGCCUCCUCCGACCCGGUUCUGAUCCAGCGCGGCCGCUUCGGGCGCUUCCUGAGGAAGGUUCGGCGCUUCCGGCCCCGGGUGAAGUUCAACGUCCACCUGAGGGGCUCCGUGGGGCUGGGCUGAGCAAUAAAGGGGCCACGGCAGUGGCCGUGUGGGCACCA